CUCAAACAUGAGCCCCACUCGUUUCUGUGCAGCAAAAGUAAGCCCACUUGUCAUUGCUACAGCCUCUAGUAGUCUUACACGUCAUUGCUAUCCAGAAUCUUGCCAGGUGCCAGACCGAGCCCGUGACCUAGGGAUAAGCGGCCGCUCGUCAGCCUGAAGAGCGCAGCUCGCGCUCUCUUGGCGAGGCCAUCUGUGACCUUGAACGUCAACCUUUCUCACCUCGCAUCUUGAACGUCGCGCGAUUCACUCCUCGCAACGGUAACCUAGUCAACAACUCGAAGACGUUCUUGGUCGACACUCAACGCGAUUGGUGAAAAGUCGUUCCGUCACCAAUAGUGACACAGCAUACCGAAUCUCCUUCAUACUCGGCUGCAUUACGCGCCUAUUAGCACCUUCGAUACGAGCACCCUAUCUGUAUAUUUCCCCGUUGAAGCGGCCGGUAGGACCAACUCCCCAGCUGCACCGCGACAGCUCUGACAGGUCUGACAACUCUGACAGCUCUGACAGCUCCGACAGCUCUGACCGCUCUGACCGCUCUGACAGCUCUGACAGCUCCGACAUCUCUCACCCGCCGCAGAGAGUUCAAAUCCUCUCAUGGCGACGUUCAGCACAACCGGCGUCGUGGCGCUGCUUCUUGUUCUGGCGACCGCUAGCCACGGCCUCUCGCUACCAGGUAGCGCCAAGGCGAAGCUCUACAUCGUGGAGCUGCGGACGGGCCUCCCCCUGGCGACGUACCGCGGGCAGAUCCCCGGGUACCCCGCCACCGCGCCCAGAGACGAGGGGCCCGACCUCGAUAGCGCCUUCCCCGAAGAUGCGCCCGAGGCGGAACUGCCGCCCGCGCCUGACGGGCUGGUGGGAGGGCACACGGGGGACUUCACCUCUGUUGGGGCAUCAGUGGCAGCGGGUAGUGGCGCAGCAGCCCCGGCAGAAGCACCGGCAGGAAAUGGACGGCAGCUGUUCUCGUCGUCCGCGUCCUCUCAUCCGUCCACCUCAACCCCCAAGGGUGCCCGCUUCAGACGGCCGCGGCUGAACUUGAAGGCGCCGCACGUGCAGGCGUUCAAGCAGACGCUGCAGCGGCAGCAGCGGCAGGUGGCAGCGGACAUCGGCCUGGCCGUCACAUCCAUCGCGCACCAGUUCCAAACCGUCUCGCACGGCUUCGCCGCCGCCCUCACGCCGCUGCAGCUGUGGCGGUUGAAGCGGCACCCCGCGGUGGCGGGCGUGAGGAGGAGCCGCAUUGUGCGCAAGUACACGUUCGACUCGCCCACUUUCCUGGGCUUGCCGGACUCGUUGUGGCAGGAAGCGGGCGGGCAGAGCAGUGCCGGGGCGGACGUGGUGGUGGGGGUGGUGGACACGGGCAUCUGGCCUGAGAACCAGUGCUUCGAUGACACGGGGUUGAGCGGCACGCCAUCGACGUGGCAGGGGACGUGCGAGACGUCGUCGGACUUCAGCUGCACAGGCAAGGUGAUCGGCGCACGCAAGCUCUACAGCGGCUUCCAGCAGGAGAGCUCCAGCGGGCCCGACUUCUCCUAUGACUACAACUCGCCCCGCGACUCGGACGGCCACGGCACGUGGUGCGCUGGAGCAGCAGCGGGUGUGAAGGCGAGCUGGUCGACGGGCGACACGAGCGGCAUGGCACCAGCAGCGCGGCUGGCCAUAUACAAGGUGUUCUGGACCGACAGCUACGGCACGUAUGCCACGGACGCCGACAUUCUCGCCGCUGUCGACUACGCUGUGGCUGACGGCGUCGACGUGCUCUCGCUCAGCCUGGGCGGGGCGAACCCUGCCGACACCUACUUUGGGGAUGUCGCAUUUCUGAAUGCCAAUGCUGCUGGCAUGGUGGUGGCGUUUGCAGCGGGGAACUCGGGCGGGCCAAAGAGAUUCAGCUUCUCGAUGUACCGCUCCAUCGACAACUUCUCGCCCUUCUACAUCACUGUCGGCGCCAGCACCAUUCAACGGGGUGGGGCAGUGCUGGGAGGAGCGUCUGUGAAGGGGGUUGCUCUCAAGACGACAGCAGGGGCGCUCACAUCUGUUGCUACGAGUGGCAGCUCGACCAACAGCACAACCCCAGCACGGGCAGCCCGGCCAGCAGCGGUGGAGACAGCGGGCAUAGCCGCCCCCAUGGUGGCGGGCUUCUCGUCGCGCGGCCCCCUGGUGCGGCCCAUCAAGGGCACGCAGCCGCCCUACCCCACCAACUCCAUCCUCAAGCCCGACAUCAUCGGCCCGGGCGUGGAGCUCUGGGCCGCCACUCCCGCCUAUGCCAUCGGCGACCCCGCAGGGCUGGCACAGUUGUCGGGCACGUCCAUGGCGACACCGCACAUCGCGGGCAUCGCUGCUCUCAUUGUGCAGCAGAAGCCGGACUGGUCCCCGGCGCAAGUCAUGUCUGCUAUGAUGACCACCGCCACCAUCAGGAACACGAAUGGCAAGCGGAUCAAGAACACCUGGGGAAGGCUUGCAACGCCGUGGGAGAUAGGCGCGGGGCAUGUGUACCCUCCUAAGAUGCUCGACCCCGGGCUGACCUACGAUGCUGGAGAGAGCCACUACCGGAACUUCCUCGCUGGCCAGAGCUUCUGGCAGGCCAAGAAGUACUUUCCCGGCGCGACCCUGCAGAGAUUAGCGCCGCGCAACCUCAACCGCGCGAGCAUCUCGAUCGGGCGCAUGAAAGGGUACCGCAAGGUGCGGCGCACGGUGACGAACGUGGCGGACACCACGUCCACGUACACGGGGACGAUCGUAUGCCCGUACGGCGUGGUGAUGAUAGUGAAUCCCAAGACGUUCACCAUAGCGCCGGGCGAGAGCGUGACGUUCACGGUGUCGGUGUGGGUGAACGCCAAGUCGUGGCUGUUCCACUAUGGCAGCUUGACGUGGCGAGACGAGGUCGGGCACGUGGUGCGCUCGCCCAUUGCUGUGCAGCCGCUGCGCUACAUCAAAUGGUGACCGGGGGACGGAUGGGAAGGGGGUUGUUGAGGGGGAGUCAACGCGCGAACAAAGGCACUGAUGACAAGCUCAUGCGCAUGGUACCGAUACCUCGAACCUUGAGGACUCCAUUUGUUGAAAUGAACCACGUGUUUAGGGUGGCCUGGAUCUAGAGUUGGUAAAACCAAGAGUAGAAAGUAAACAAAGACUUUACACCUUGUAUUGGAAAUGUACGAAAUGACGAGGAUAAUAAUAAUGAGUAAUGCAG